CUUUAUCUAAUACAUGUACAUGCAAAGCGAACAUGCACACUUAAUGUCACUAUCUUCAACAGAGUGUAUCGUUUAAUUGUGUUAUAAGGUUCCUUUUGUUUUCUAGUAACAAACGUUAAUAAAGAUGUCAUCUGAAUUAAGAUUCGAAAAGAAAGUAGCGAUAGUUACAGGAGGAUGUCAGGGAAUCGGGAAGGGUUGUAGCGAGAUAUUAGCUGAAAAUGGCGGUACGGUCUUGGUGUUUGACAUCAAUGAUACAUUGGGCGAGUCAAUAAGCAGCAAAGGUCCGGGUAAAAUCAUAUACAUGAGGUGUGAUGUCACCAAUGAGGCUCAAGUCAAGACAUGCAUAGAUAAAGUAAUUGAGAAGUAUGGGCAAAUAGACUGCAUAGUUAACAAUGUUGGAACUCACCCCGGCGACGUGGAAAUCGAUCACAUUUCUGUGCAAGAUUUUCGAGAUAUUCUGGAACUGAAUGUUGUAAGCCACUUCACUAUGUACAAAUAUGGAUUGCCUUACCUACGGAAAACCAAAGGCUCUGUGGUCAGUAUUGCCAGUUUUAGUGGAACCAAUGGUCAAAGAGCAUGUCCAACGUAUUGUUGCACCAAGGGCGCGAUUCCUGCCUUGGCAAAGGCGUUAGCAAUAGACGAAGCAAAGAAUGGUGUUCGAAUUAACACAAUAUGCCCUGGGCCUAUCAGAACGCCCCUGUACGAGGAUUGGCUCGCUAAACUGAAGAACCCAGAGGACGGGGAGCGUGUGAAAGCAUGGACGCAAUUGGGUCGCAUCGGUGAUCCUCGGGAAAUUGGAAAGGCGUGUCUCUUUCUGGCGACUGACGCAACAUUCACCACCGGAACUGAGUUGAUGUGUACCGGAGGCUGUGAGAUCGGAUAUGGAGUAAAAGACUAAACUCCGACUUUGUAUAAUCCGAACAUGAAUUAAUACAGAAGACUUUGUACUCAAAUGUUUGAGCUUGUGAAAAUAGAGUUUACAAAUUACUAAAACUUACCUUUUCCUUACAUGCAUCAGCGUUUUAGCCAUACAAGUGCGUCUUUUGUAUUUUGUUAUUAUUCCUUUUUAUGUAAAAGGAACUUAUGUAUCAAUAAAUGUUUAGUUACAUGUGCAUAUUGAUCAUUAAAGAUGAUAUCUAAAAUACAGACCAAACUGUAAAGUGCAUGACACAGAAGAAGCAACAAAGAGACUUAACACUCAAAACUGAUAAAUAUGCUCUCAUAUUUACAUAUUUGCAAUUUUAUAUAAAUGCAAAUGUUUGUGGAACAUCUCACCUGUUAUUGUCUGAAUGCAUCUUUUUCUGAUAUAUGUUGAGACAUUUCCAUGCACAGUAACAUACAUUAAAAGUCGGAUUGUGUCAUGAUGUUGAUUUAAACAUAUUUUAUUCAACAUACAAACAAACUACACAGAAUAAACACACACAAGUUGUAUGUACUAUCGAAAUGGAUUUGAACGAAAGCAUAGAUUAUAGAGUUCUUCUCCGUGUCAUGAUGUUAUCACACAAUGCAAAAAGUGAUGCGUUUGGUUUACCAAAAACUCUUCCAUUUCAAAAUAAAUCUGACAUCAAUAA